GCGUGCGUAGGAGGUGGGGAGGCCGCCGUGAGAUGCCCACUGCGCAUGUGUGCGGGGAGGGUUUCCCUGCCGGCCGGGCGGACCUGGCCUCCCCGGAAGGGGCGUUGUCUCUGGUGUCCUACGCCGCGCCCAGCUUGGCUGUGAAUUUGACAACUCUGCAGUCCCUACCGAUUCUGGGUCGUUCUUGCGGGCAAUUAAAUAACAGAAUGGAAAGAAAAUGCUGUAGGCGGCCUGCUCUGUGGUUCCCAACGAUGUAUCCAUUUCUACUGGGUGCUGUAUUCGUUGGCUUAAGCUCCAGUCGCAUCUUAUUAGUAAAAUAUUCUGCCAAUGAAGAGAACAAGUAUGAUUAUCUUCCAACUACUGUGAAUAUUUGCUCAGAACUGGUGAAGCUUAUUUUCUGUGUGCUUGUGUCAUUCUAUGUUAUAAAGAAAGAACAUCAUCAGAGUAGAAAUUUGAGAUGUGCUUCCUGGAAGGAAUUCUCUAAUUUCAUGAAGUGGUCCAUUCCUGCUUUUCUUUAUUUCCUGGAUAACUUGAUUGUCUUCUAUGUCCUAUCCUACCUUCAGCCUGCCAUGGCUGUUAUCUUCUCAAAUUUUAGCAUUAUAACAACAGCUCUUCUAUUCAGGAUAGUGCUGAAGCGACAUCUAAACUGGAUACAAUGGGCUUCCCUCCUGAUUUUAUUUUUUUCUAUUGUGGCCCUGACUACUGGGACUAAAACUUCACAGCAUAACCUGGCUGGACAUGGAUUUCAUCAUGAUGCCUUCUUCAGCCCAUCAAAUUCCUGCCUUCACUUCAAAAGUGAAUGUCCUGGAAAAAAUUGCACAGCAAAAGAGUGGACUUUUCCUGAAGUUAAAUGGAAUAAUACCACAGCCAGAGUCUUUAGUCAUAUCCGUCUCGGCUUGGGCCAUAUACUGAUUAUAGUACAGUGUUUUAUUUCUUCAAUGGCCAAUAUCUAUAAUGAAAAGAUACUGAAGGAAGGGAGCCAUCUCACCGAAAGCAUCUUCAUACAGAACAGCAAACUCUAUUUCUUUGGCAUCCUUUUUAACGGGCUGACACUGGGCCUUCAGAAUAGUAACCGUGAUCAGAUUAAGAACUGUGGAUUUUUUUAUGGUCACAAUGUGUUUUCAGUAGCCCUUAUUUUUGUAACUGCAUUUCAGGGCCUUUCCGUGGCUUUCAUUCUGAAGUUCCUGGAUAACAUGUUCCACGUCUUAAUGGCCCAGGUUACCACUGUCAUCAUCACCACAGUGUCCGUCCUGGUCUUUGACUUCAGGCCUUCCUUGGAAUUUUUCUUAGAAGCCCCUUCCGUCCUUCUCGCCAUAUUUAUUUAUAAUGCCAGCAAACCUCAGAGUCAGGAAUGUGCACCUAGGCAAGAACGGAUCCGAGAUCUGAGUGGAAAUCUCUGGGAGCGUUCAAGUGGGGACGGAGAAGAACUGGAAAGACUUACCAAACCCAAGAGUGAUGAAUCAGAUGAAGACACUUUCUAAAUUGAUACCAAAAGAGUUGACAUCUCUCACAAACCAACAUUUAUAAUACUUACCUUUUCACUUUGCUAAACCAAGGAUGCUCUAAAGCAUAAUACUCUCACAAGCCAACAUUUGUAAUAUUUAUCUUUUCUCUUUGAUAAACCAAGAAUGUUCUAUUGUAUAAUGCUUUCUUUAUAUAUCUAACCACUCCCUGAAUGCUUCAAUUCAAGGUUUAGAGUACACAAAGGGUGACAAAUUUCUAAGGAAUCAACAUAGAGUUAGUAACAUAGGGACUAUAAUAGUAGCCCAAUACUCGAGAAGUCAGCAGGAUAAUAUGUAAAUUAUGUUCCUUCUCCUGACUGGUUCCAAAAAACUUGGCAGUAAUCAUGUUAGUUAGGCCCUACAGUUAUGCAAGAAGAGAUGAAUUUGCAAGAGUCCAAAUUUUGUGGUUGCAGACCUCAUGCCAUUCUUCCCUUUUUCUCAUUAUAACAUCUUCGAUGUCACCUCAAAUGCUAAGGCGCUAGAGAUAGUCAUUUUGCCAUUACAGGGCAAUAAAGCUAUCUAAAAUUUUGACUGAAGGACCAAAAUGUCUCACUACGCCAUAGAUUUUGGAUAGCAUAGUCGGUGCUAAAUGUUUUGUUGAAGAAACAAUUUUUCAGAAAUAAUAGAAUUCUUGGGGCCGGGGAGAUGGCUCAGUAGGAUAAGCGCUUGACUGGCAAACACAAGGAUCUGAGUUCAAUCCCCGGUUCCGCCAAAAAAAAAAAAAAAGAAAUAAUAGAAUUCUAACUUUUAGAAAUUGAUGGAAAUUUUAUGUUUAGCAAUUAUCUUUUGAUGUCUUAUAUACAAAUAAGCUUCCUAUAGAUGAAAGUGACCACAGCUAAAUACCACUUGUAUUUUAAAUCACUUUAGUCAUUGUGGACUUUUUCUUCCAGUUUAUAUAUUUCAAAAUAGUGGGAUCAUUACUUUCGGAUUACUGUGUUUUAGAAAAAAUAAUAAGGAAUUUUAUUUUGUUAUCAGUUGAAGCUGGUGUCUUUUAUGUCUUUAUUGUAUACUGUUCCCAAAGUCAGAACACUGGUUUCAUAUUCAUACAAGAUUAUUAAUAAGACUGACAGUACUAACAGACUAACAGUACUAACUACUUUGAAAAGGAUCUUUCACAAAAAAUGUUGACUUUUAUAUGAAUAGUAUUACACAUAACAGUAGGAAGACAAUAAGUCACCCCAUAGUAUUAGUCGACACUUAUAAGUCCAUAGUAUUUUUAAGAUACUUUUGCAUGCAACCAAUGACUUUUCUGGUUAGCACAGCUGGGUGACAGAUCAUUUAAAAAUGAAAAAAUAGUGAUCUAUCUGAGGUCAGGCAGCUGAAUCAUGAUAGAAGAGCAGGCUUUAGCUGACAUGCCUAUAUGUUUACAAAGUCCUAUGCUGUACUACUUAGAUGGUUUCAUACAGCCUAUAUAUAUAUAUAUUCUCUUUCUAUAAUUUACUUGCAAAUGUAUAUAAAGUAAUAGUGUUGCAUAAUCUAUCUGUGAUAUAUACAGUUCUAUGACUCAAGAAUUAGUAGAAAGUUAUAAUUAUAGUAGUUAUUAUACCUGUGUCGAUUAGCAAGAUGAGAUAUCAAGUAUUUUUAAUUUCAAAAAAUGAAGUGCAGAAACUCAACUUUUUAAAAUUUUCUGAGUUGAUAUAUUUAUUUAUUUGGUACUGGAAGUUGAACCCUCAUCCUCAGCUUGUUUGUUAGUUUAUGACAAGCUCUUGCUAAGUUUCCUAGGCUCAAAUUUAAGAUCCUUCACCUCCCUGACUUCUGGGAUUAUAGGCAUCUACCAAGACACCUAGCAAGCCAAUUGUAACAUCUAAGAAUAGCAAACUAUUUGAAUUCUUGUAGGCUUUCUUACCAUUUAUAUGAAAUGGUUAAGAUUAUAUCUAUUGUAGCAGUUCAUCUUAAAGGUCAGGAAGAUAAGGUAUAAGAAGAUCUCACUUUUAGAAACAAUAGCAUACAAAACAUUUUUAUCAGGAAAAGUUGUAAAAAUAUUCCUACAGAGUGCAUGCCCAGAGAAUGCAUUAAAUUAGAGGUUUCAGUAGUGUAUAUAAAGAUUAAUUUUUCUUCUUUAUGAAUACUCAUUUGUCCAUCCUCCUUUUUGGAAAGCAUUUGUUGCCUAAAGUAAGGUUUACUUAUGUUAACUCACCAUUUAGUGAAAGAACUAAAAUGCCAGGUUCUGAGGGUAGAGUACUUUGUUGCUCAUUGUUUAAAGGAGAGUAAUUUGGAAGUGCAAGGUCUAUAAGCCAUAUCUUAAGUGUUCUUGUAAUCAAGAGAUGUAUAACCUAGAGAGAAGAACAAUUGUCACAUAGAGCAAGUAGACAUCAUUUCCAUUCUGGAGAACAAAACUACAUUGAUACAUGUUUUGUUAUAUGGUUAUUGUUAUUCUUACAUCACAAAAUGUCUGCUCCGAUAAAUGUACUUUUCAGCAGUAGAAUAGGUCUUCCUGAAAGGUAAAGAGUCUUAGUAAAUUAUUAUAGAGAUUUUAAGAUUGUAUCAGAAGUAUGUUUUAGACAAGAGUCCUUCAGUGGUCUAGACAUUGGACUAAGUAAUGCCUGUAGUCCCUUUCUCUUUUUUAAAUUUUCUUCUAAAUAGUUAUGACCUAAAACUAAUAUACUAAUUCUCUUCCAUAGUUUGAUUGGAUCACAAUUGUGACCUGCAGCGAAUGACCUGGUCCAGCUCUAUUACUGGUGCUAGACUGAUCUUCUAUUGGCGAAUGUGCCUAAUCUUGGCAGGGGUCAGGGGAGACAGGAAUGUGGCUGUUGGCUAUAGAGCAAAGGUGGCUUAAAGCAUGAUCCCUCACCUCUUGUUAGCUUACUCUGCUCUCGACUUAAGAUCCACUUAUAGAGGGAAUGCUGAGGGCAGAGUUACUCUGUGUGUAACUAAAAAAUUUUUUGCCUCUGAGUCCCUGUGUUGAAGCCCUUAUCACUUAGGAGGCAGACUCACUUCAUAGUUUAUCAUCACUAGUAUUGCUGGAAGCCCUUUCUUUCUUCACAGGCCCAACAGACUGAGUGAACCAGUUGUACACAUCCUCUUUGACUCCUUUCCUCUUUACCCAUGUCUUGAUUUUAUUCAUCUACUCUGAUAUUCUCAUGGGCAGAAGAAGCAGAGAAUAUUAAAUUCAAUGGAAAGGGAGUGAUUACCCACCUAAAAGGUAGAGCGGAGUUUCUGAAAUUGAUUAAUACGUGCUUCUUCAAAGGCAAAAGUCUCACAGAUCUCAACAUGGACUUUUAUCCUACUUUACUUUUGGGGGAGGUACUUUUUGUUUAUUUGUUUUAUUGUUUGCUUGUUGCCUUUGUUCUGUUUUGUUGAGACA